AUGCUGGGCGUCUUUAGGGGCAUGGCCUUCGUCCCCUUCCUCCUGGUGACCUGGUCAUCCGCCGCCUUCAUCAUCUCCUACGUGGUCGCCGUCCUGUCCGGGCACGUCAACCCCUUCCUCCCCUACAUCAGGUGCUCUGACUCAGGCUCAACCCCACCUGACAGUAACAACGGCAUUUUUGAAUUCUAAAAAGCCCCAAAGGUUGAAUGUUCACUAAACUGUCUUUCUUUUUCAGGUGCAGCCACAAUGUACACAAGAUAUAAGAUCGUGGAGAAGCAAAAUGAGACUUGCUAUUACAGCACGCCUGUGUUUAACUUGGUGUCCCUGGUGCUGGGAUUGGUGGGCUGCAUCGGGAUGGGCAUUGUAGCUAAUUUUCAGGAGCUCGCUGUCCCAGUGGUCCACGACGGGGGUGCCCUGCUGGCCUUUGUCUGUGGCGUUGUGUACACGCUCCUACAGUCCAUCAUCUCUUACAAAUCGUAUCCCCAGUGGAACAGCCUCACCAUGUGCUACAUCCGCAUGGCCAUUUCUGCCCUGUCCUGUGCAGCUGUCGUCCCCAUGAUUGUCUGCGCUUCCCUAAUUUCUAUAACCAAACUGGAGUGGAAUCCAAAAGAAAAGGAUUACAUGUAUCACGUGGUGAGCGCUAUCUGUGAAUGGACCGUGGCCUUUGGCUUUAUCUUCUACUUCCUAACCUUCAUCCAGGAGUUCCAGAGUGUCACCCUAAGGAUAUCCACAGAAAUCAAUGAUGACAUUUGA